UGGUCGCACUCCUCUGGUCAGGGUGUCUGUGGAGUCAGGUCCAAGGCCUGGCCCUUGUUGGUUUCACCCUGAUUCCCCCACCUGGUGUCCGAUCCACCUGGUGGCUCAAGGCCGGCCCUUUUGGCAUCUGCAGACGUUGCCUCCUUCAUCGAUAUCCCCUGCCACUGGGGUCUCCAGGCAGGUAGACCACAUUACAGGCCAAUGGUUUGUUGGAUAGAGUCGACCAGCCAACCACAACAGUCCUCCAUGCUUCUCUUUCUGACACCCAUUGGGCAGACUGUUUGCCUUGGUGGCUCAACUCUGAAGGGAUACGUCACCUGCUGAACUGGCUAGUGGGUCAUGACAUCCGUCGCUAUCGUCCACGGCUGUUGGUGCCAACGAACUUAGGGUAGGACUGCUCAUAUUUUCCCCAUCUGGAUGCUCAAACUCCAAAGGUCCCUUUUGAAUCUCAUGAAUGAACGAUGAAUGCAUGCGAUAAAGGACGAUAAAGAGACUGGGAAGGCUUGGAAGAGAGGAGCAUGACAUGAAGAUUGAAUGAUGCAAUGCAUGGUGGGUUGGUGGAUGUAGGAUUGGAAGCGGGGGAGACAUGAUCAAGGCUAUGAGGCUUUGAAAAAUGAUCCUGAAGGAAAAAUGAUAAAAGGAUGAGAUUGUGGAAUGAAGGGCAACAAAGGAAACAUUGAAUGAUGAAGGUAUAAAGGCAGGAAGGACAGAAGGAACAAUACUAAGAGAUGUUAAAAGACAGUUUGGUUGUAAAAUGACUGUUUUAUCGCAACAGUUUUUUGUGAUUUUGAGGUUGAAGGCGUAUGGAUGAGGCUGAGUCACCUAUUCUGAGGCCCUUAUUCUCACAGGUGAUGGGCUGGUGAGGCUUCACGAAACAGCGCCACCUAGUGAGCACUGAAAUAGUCGUGUGUGUGUGCGACUGAAUCGCGAGUACUUUGAAGGCAAAUAUCUGCAAUUUAUCGUCAAGUUACUGUGGUUGAAAGUCUUGAUGUGCAGGAAAGAGAAGAUACUUGACGAAUGGAAGUCAAGCCAAGAAACUGGGAAUUCAACCCACAUCCCUUUUCAAAACAGCGACCUGGAAGGUUUGGCCUUUAAUCCCUCCGAUGACACCAGAUGAAGAAAGGGAGCGCUGUCAAACAGAAACCUGGGUGGGAACCAGACAACGUGUUUAUUCAACAGUUAAACAAAAGACUGUCGCCACUAUGACAAGAGGACACUCUCACAGCAGAUGACGCGCCUCUUACCGUGUCACAAACAUAUGGUCCAUAAUGUGUGAGAGAUUUGACGCCGGAGAAUUUCCAUGUUUCAUCCAUCACUUCACUGCACACUGGAAGGACAAACAGAUAACCAGCAGUGAAGGUGACAUGCUGCUGCUUGGAGAAACAUCCAAUAACAAUGGAUCCUGAAACACAGGACAGUUUGAGUGUCGGGGAGGAAAGUUUAAAUUUUGCUUAUGUUUCAUUCACUUUCACAUGUAUUUGAGUGAGAGUCCCCGCGUCCGAUUCUCUCAUUGGUAUUUAAUGAAAAGAAAAAAGUUUCAGUUCUGCCAAUCCACAUCUCAGGCUGGAACACGUGCGGUAAUUUUCCAGAGCCCUGUGAGGACACACACACUCUGUAAAAAUGAGGCGUUGCGCACCGCUUCUUCCUCACUCUUUUUUUUUUUGUGAACGAGCAGAAACAUGAAUGAUUCCUGCGAAUCUGUAAUGAAUGGAAGUGAAGGCAAAUGAAUGGAGCGCGGAGGACACGCUCCCUCUGGAACUGUUGCUUUUACUCUCCUCGGCCACUGAGCGACAGUAGAUCUCCCUGUGAAUAAAAAGCUCUUCCUCCCCGGAAUGUUUGAUCACACGCUGGGAAGGUUUGAAGUUGCGGCUGCAUGUCGCCGAUGAGAAGUGGAUGGAACCGGAGACUCCGCGGCGCGCACCGAGAGGAGACCGCGCUGGAGCCGCCUCUGCCGGGGAGAAGCCACAGCGGUUCGGCGACAGCCGGAGGAAGAGACAGCAGACCGGAGCGAGGAUGAAGAUGACGGCGGCGCGACGCUCCGACGUUCCAUCACCGGCGGCUGUGCUGGCAUCCAUGCGUUAGGACGCAUGGCGCAGCGGUGAAUUCACGCUCGGCUGGGGAACUUGCGCGCCUGUGUACAAUGAACAUAAAUGGUUCUCAGGUGAACAGCACCUCGCCGGACCCCACGAACACCGUCCUGAACCGCCCGCCCUGGGUCACCACAACUUUAGGGUGCUUCCUCAUCGUCACCAUCGUGGUGGACAUCCUCGGAAACCUGCUGGUCAUCAUCUCCGUCUACCGGAACAAGAAGCUCCGGAACGCAGGAAACAUCUUCGUGGUGAGUCUGGCCGUUGCAGACCUGGUGGUCGCCAUCUACCCGUACCCUUUGGUCCUGACCUCGAUCUUUCACAAUGGCUGGAACUUGGGUUACAUGCACUGCCAAAUCAGCGGCUUCCUCAUGGGAGUCAGCGUCAUCGGCUCCAUCUUCAACAUCACCGCCAUCGCCAUCAACCGAUACUGUUACAUCUGCCACAGCCUCAAAUACGACAAACUCUACAGCGACAAGAACUCGGUGUGCUACGUGCUGCUGAUCUGGGCUCUGACUGUGGUGGCCAUCGUGCCCAAUCUCUUCGUGGGCUCGCUGCAGUACGACCCCAGGGUCUACUCCUGCACCUUCGAGCAGUCGGCCAGCUCGGCGUACACCAUCGCGGUGGUUUUCUUUCACUUUAUUUUGCCAAUCAUGAUUGUCACAUACUGCUACCUUCGCAUUUGGAUACUGGUCAUCCAGGUGAGGAGGCGGGUGAAGCCGGACAAUCGCCCCAAGCUGACGCCCCACGAUGUGAGGAACUUUGUCACCAUGUUUGUGGUGUUCGUGCUGUUCGCGGUGUGCUGGGCGCCACUCAACUUCAUCGGCUUGGCGGUCGCCAUCAAGCCGGAGGUGGUCAUUCCCUUAAUUCCCGAGUGGCUGUUCGUGUCCAGCUACUUCAUGGCCUAUUUCAACAGCUGCCUUAAUGCCAUUGUCUACGGCAUGCUGAAUCAAAACUUCAGGCGCGAGUACAAGCGCAUCGUGGUGUCAGUGUGCACGGCCCGCAUCUUCUUUCAGGACAGCUCCAACGACGCCGGCGAGAGGCUCAAGAGCAAACCCUCGCCUCUCAUGACCAACAACAACAGGGUGAUGAAGGUCGACUCCGUCUGAGCUCAGAGGAACCACGCUCUCCACCAAGAUGGAGAGGACGACUGAAGACUACCAAAUAUCAAUAUAGCGCAGCCUUGAACCUUCGAGCUGACAGACUCCAGUCAGGUGCUAUCUGGCCCAUAAACAAUCACAGAAAAAAGCAGGGGUGCAUAUAAUCUUUGUAUUUUACCAAGCACUUUGGUUUCUUCUGCAGUAGUAGUGCAGUAAUACAAUGAUGUCUGUUUUUGGUUUCAUUUGUUUACAGUAACAUGAUAUCAAUGUAUCAUUAUAUGAAGUAUUUAUUUUGUAUCAAAUGUAGAUAUAUUAGUAAACUAUAUAUAUCAGGUUCCAAAUGUAGUAAAAAAAAAAAUCCACAAAGAUGUGAUGGAAAAUAUGAUGAAGCCAAUUCAAUUUGUCACACUGUACACAAAGUGCACACAGGACGUGGGCUGCUGCUGUCUUAUUAUAUAUCCUGCAUUACUCUUCCUUAUACUAGGUGCAGUAUAUAUUUUAGUAAAAAGGGUCUCUCUCUCUCUCUCUCUCUCUCUCUCUCUUUCUGUCCGUCUUCUUUGUUGAUCUCUCUCUGCCAAUCCUGUGAUCUCAGUAUACUAUAUGCAUGAAUAUCAGGAAUUGUUCAUCUGCAAAAUA